GUGUUUCCUGCUGCCUUGACUAAAACCGAGAGCUGGCAUCCUGCGGGGUGGAAGCAUCGAACAGCUUCACACUUUUGCGUCCAUACAGGCGCUUAUUUCUUAUUUCUAAAGGAUUUUGAUUCCGAACUUUUACCCUAAGGCAUACUGAUCAUAUGAACUAAUGUCUACGGACGCCUGUACGUAUUUCUGAUUCAUCGAGUUGAUAUAAAUGUGAAUCGGUCAAGGUCCGCGCUCCCAAUGCAACAGCCACGGCUGGAUUUUCAAGCUUCUCGUGGGAAACAUCUGCCGCAAGCAUUUGGAUGCAUUUCUAAUAUAUCUUUUUAAUGUAAUAUUGGCCGGUGAGAGGGGGUCCAGAUUCUCGAUGUUCGAGCAGCGUGGGAGCCUCACUAUGAGAAUGACAUGCCGCAGUAAAGCGUGGAAACUGGAAAUAAUGGAUUAGAAUACAAUGGAUUGAUGUGACUGCGACACUUUAAACGAACAAAAAAAAUGCUUUACAGUCUUUCCAUUGUGCUGAAAUCUUUAAUAUGACUGAUAGCCAUAUCAGCUGACAUUAACCCAAAGAAGAACUGAGGACCGAUCAGAAGAGAGGACACCAUGUCGGCGGUGAUGAUAACCCGAAAGGUGCGAAAAUGGGAGAAGCUCCCAGGAAAAAACACUUUCUGUUGCGACGGACGGGUGAUGAUGGCCCGGCAGAAGGGAGUCUUCUACCUGACCCUGUUCCUCAUCAUCGGGACCUGCUCUCUCUUCUUUGCUUUCGAAUGUCCUUACCUGGCUGUCCAUCUGUCUCCUGCCAUCCCAGUUUUUGCUGCUCUGCUCUUCCUCUUUGUCAUUGCCAUGUUGCUGAGGACCAGCUUCAGUGACCCCGGGGUGCUGCCACGGGCUCUUCCAGAGGAAGCCACAUUCAUCGAGAUGGAAAUUGAGGCUGCCAAUGGGAACGUCCCCGCAGGGCAGCGACCCCCACCUCGAAUCCGCAAUGUUCAGAUCAACAACCAGAUCGUCAAGCUAAAGUACUGCUACACAUGCAAGAUCUUCCGACCACCUCGAGCAUCUCACUGCAGCAUCUGUGACAACUGUGUUGAUCGUUUUGAUCACCACUGUCCAUGGGUAGGAAACUGUGUGGGCAAGAGGAACUACCGAUACUUCUACAUGUUCACCUUGUCGCUCUCCCUGCUCACCAUUUAUAUCUUCACCUUCAACAUAAUUCACGUUGUGAUGCGUUCAGUAGACAAUGGCUUUUUGAACACUUUGAAGAUAACACCUGGAACUGUGCUGGAGGUAUUGGUGUGUUUCUUCACCCUGUGGUCAGUGGUGGGACUGACCGGCUUCCACACCUACCUGAUCUCUCUCAACCAGACUACCAACGAGGAUAUCAAAGGUUCCUGGUCGGGAAAGAACAGAGUCCAGAACCCGUACAGCCAUAAGAACAUCAUUAAAAACUGCUGCGAGGUGCUCUGUGGGCCUGUAUAUCCAAGCGUCUUGGACAGAAGGGGACUGAUGCAGGAGGAUUUGUCUGUUUCUGCAACGUCUGCUGCACCCUCCUCCCUCAGCAGCAGCAACCCAGUGUCACAAACCACGAAAACCACAGCUCCACUCAUCCCUAACGAGCACACACCAGAUGAUGCCAAGCUCAGCAUUGCCGCCUCAGAAGAGACGAAUGCACCCCCCAAAGAGGAACUCCCUCCUACUUCAGAGGUCCCGCCCCUGGCUUCACCCGAGACAGAUGCAGAGGCAUCCAUCGUCAAGGACAAGACCCAUUAGCUGGAUAAGGGGGUGGCUCUUGUCUUAGCCAUAUCCCCCCCCCCCACAUCCUGCCUGGUCAGGAACUGAAACAUUAAUAAUCAAUGUGUGAUUACUGCACGGGUGACUCAGUUAUUCUCCGACGCCCCCCCCCCUACAUUCCACCAUAAGAGGAGAGUUUCUGCGGCAGCUCCUCCUCUUCCCUCCUCUCCUCACCAGUAGCUGCUGAGCCAUUUGAUUGACACCUACUCCUGCAGCAGGGGGAGGGAUUUAAUGGAAAAUCAGCAGCUUCCUCUGUGUCCUGAACACUGCAUGGAAAAGACACGCAGGGGGAGAAGUUGCUGGAAGAAUUGCAGAGAAAAACAAAUUCAACGCAUAUGAAUGCCCAAAAGGUCACCUGUGGGUUGUUUUGAUUGUCCAUACUACUUUUGUUCUUAAUUUAAAAUUGCAUAAUGACAUUUAUUGUGAGAGGCCAGUACAAAUAUACUCCUUGCAAGUGUCUGGCAAAGACAAUACUACUUCUGGACAUGUAUAAAGCUUCAUACAUAAUUUUUUGUUGUUGUGCAUAUUACAUGCCCUAUGCAAACCGUGGGAAGGCUGGACAAGCAGCUUUUAGAUGAGUGUGGACAGAAAGGUUAACACCUGAGGUCCAGGCAGGGGGAGGAUGUGCAAAUCCUUAGCUGAGAUAUCCUCAGGCUCCUAACAGAAAAGUCAAAAUCUACCUUGUAUUCUGAUAUUGCUGCAUCAGUACUGUUGUUAUUAACGUGCAUCUUAUUUUAUUUUUUUUUUUUAAGUGAUCCAGACCAACGCCUGUCCUUCCAUUUUUAUAUAUCAAGGAUGUAGUGUGACGUCGGUGCUCUGAAAUAGAUGAAAUAGCUUGACAAGCGGAUAAAGUCUUGUACCCAGAAGGCGCUCAGCCAGAGUCCCAUUGUGUGUGAGAGAAAGGGCCUGACUUCUGAUGAUAGUAGGCACAAGUAGUAACAGUGCCUUAUCAUAAUGCAACGGAGGUCGACCAACUGAGAAGGCCUUGAGAUCCGUUCUAACCACUGACACCGUGUUAAAAGAGAAAUGCCAAUAUUUAUACUUUAAUUAGUCUAGUGGUUCCCAAGCUGG